AUUGGGUAACUGGGUGUAACCCAAGCAGAAGGGCCAUACAUUUCCUUUCCAAGUUCCAACGCCAGCCGUCUCUAACCCUGUUCUUUCAUUUCUCUUCCGAAUCCUCCACUCUCUCUUUUCUCUGAUUUCAGGCUAGCGUUUCGCAUUCAAAACAGGGUUUCGCAGCAAUCAUGGCAGACGAUGAAGUGAAGGAUGAGGUGGCGGAAAUUACGCCCUUUGAUCCUACUAAAAAGAAGAAGAAGAAGAAGGUUGUGAUACAGGACCCUGCAGAUGAUUCUGUUGACAAGUUGGCUGAGAAGACUGAAGCAUUGUCGGUUUCUGAUGGGCUUGACUUUACCAGUAUGAAAAAGAAGAAGAAGAAACAAGUAGAGGCCAGUACAUUGAAUGAGGAAAGUGGGGAUGCUGGAGACGAUUUUGAUGAUCAUAUUGAUGGGGAUGAAGAAGGUGAUGGCAUUGUCUUGCAACAACGUUAUCCUUGGGAAGGAAGUGAUCGUGAUUAUGAAUAUGAAGAGCUUCUUGGUCGGGUGUUUAACAUCCUCCGGGAGAAUAACCCUGAGCUUGCUGGAGAUAGACGUAGAACUGUUAUGAGGCCUCCACAAGUUCUUCGUGAAGGCACCAAGAAAACUGUAUUUGUGAAUUUCAUGGAUCUCUGCAAGACAAUGCAUCGACAACCCGACCAUGUCAUGGCAUUCUUGCUUGCUGAGCUGGGGACAAGUGGAUCGCUUGAUGGGCAGCAAAGGUUGGUUGUGAAGGGCAGGUUUGCACCGAAAAAUUUUGAAGGGAUCCUUCGUCGUUAUAUUAAUGAGUAUGUCAUUUGCCUUGGAUGCAAAAGUCCAGAUACAAUUCUCUCAAAGGAAAAUCGUCUUUUCUUUCUCAGAUGUGAGAAGUGUGGGUCUGGACGAUCAGUUGCUCCAAUAAAAGCUGGUUUUGUUGCGCGUGUUGGCCGCAGAAAUACUGGCACUUAGACUGUUUGAUUUGGGCCAGAAGGAUAUCGCGGGAAGUUUAUGAAACCUCAUUUGAAGUUGUAGUAUCUACUGGUACUGUUAUUAUGAGGUUUUGAAUAGAGGUUAAAUAAUUGUAAUUUGUCAUUUUGGGUAAUACGGAUAUUAAAAUGAAGGGAUGUAUGUGUUUGGUUUUUCCUCCUGUGAUAAAAGUUUUGGUUUGUUUGCUUGCU